GGCGCCGCGCCGCUAGUGACAGCGGCCCGCUAGAGAGAGAGCCCGGGAGCUGCCGAAAGCGCGCCCGCCAAACGCGGGCGCAGGACCCAGGCGUCCGAGCCCGGGCUCCGGUGGGGUCCCCGCCCCGCCGCGUCAAAGGCCACCUUGGCCAUCCGACCUACUCACCUGCUGCUGCGCGGAGAGGGGCCGGUCCUCGACGGUGGAGGGAAGGUGCCAGCCCACCCCGGAUGGGCAUCGUGGAGCCGGGCUGCGGAGACAUGCUAACGGGCACCGAGCCAAUGCCGGCGAGCGACGAGGGCCGGGCGCCUGGCGCCGACCCGCAGAACCGCUACUUCUACCCUGAGACAGGCGUGCAGGACUCGGCCGACCGUCGCGGGGGCGCCAGCCUGGGGGCGCCGUACGCCGGGGGCGCCCUGGUGCCCUCCCCGCCAGGCCGCUUCCUCGGAGCCUACGCCUACCCACCCCGGCCCCAGGCCUCCGGCUUCCCAGGGACGGGCGAGCCCUUCCCGCCGACCGCGGGCGCCGAGGGCUACCAGCCUGUGGAUGGCUACGCGGUCCCGGACCCGCGCGCCGGACUCUACCCGGGGCCGCGCGAGGACUACGCGCUGCCGGCAGGGCUGGAGGUGUCCGGGAAGCUGAGAGUCGCGCUCAACAACCACCUAUUGUGGUCCAAGUUUAAUCAGCACCAGACGGAGAUGAUCAUCACCAAGCAGGGACGGCGGAUGUUCCCAUUCCUGUCAUUUACUGUGGCUGGGCUGGAGCCCACCAGCCAUUACCGGAUGUUUGUGGACGUGGUCUUGGUGGACCAGCACCACUGGCGGUAUCAGAGUGGCAAGUGGGUGCAGUGCGGAAAGGCCGAGGGCAGCAUGCCAGGAAAUCGCCUGUACGUCCACCCAGAUUCCCCCAACACUGGAGCCCACUGGAUGCGCCAGGAAGUUUCAUUUGGGAAACUAAAGCUCACGAACAACAAGGGGGCCUCCAACAAUGUGACCCAGAUGAUUGUGCUCCAGUCCCUCCAUAAGUACCAGCCCCGGCUGCACAUCGUUGAGGUGACGGAUGGAGAGCCAGAGGCGGCCUGCAGCGCUUCCAAAACGCAUAUCUUCACUUUCCAAGAAACCCAGUUUAUUGCGGUGACCGCCUACCAGAACGCAGAGAUCACUCAACUGAAAAUUGAUAAUAACCCUUUUGCCAAAGGAUUCCGGGAGAACUUUGAGUCCAUGUAUGCAUCUGUGGACACCAGCAUCCCCUCCCCACCUGGACCCAACUGUCAAUUGCUUGGGGGAGACCACUACUCUCCUCUCCUACCCAACCAGUAUCCCGUUCCCAGCCGCUUCUACCCCGACCUUCCUGGCCAGGCCAAGGAUGUGGUUCCCCAGCCUUACUGGCUGGGGGCCCCCCGGGACCACAGCUAUGAGGCUGAGUUUCGAGCAGUUAGCAUGAAGCCUGCUUUCCUGCCCUCUGCCCCUGGGCCUGCCAUGUCCUACUACCGAGGCCAGGAGGUCCUGGCGCCUGGAGCCAACUGGCCUGUGGCCCCCCAGUACUCUCCCAAGAUGGGCCCAGCCAGCUGGUUCCGCCCCAUGCGGACUCUACCCAUGGAACCUGGCCCUGGAGCUUCAGAGGGGCGGGGACCAGAGGACCAGGGCGCCCCCUCAGUGUGGACUGAGAUCACCUCCAUCCGGCUAGAGUCUAAUGACUCAGGACUGUGCGAAGGAGACUCUAAGAGGAGGCGUGUGUCCCCCUAUCCUUCCAGUGGCGACAGCUCCUCCCCUGCUGGGGCCCCUUCUCCUUUUGAUAAGGAAACCGAAGGCCAGUUUUAUAACUAUUUUCCCAACUGAACAGAUGACAUGGCCAAAGGAACAGAAAUAGUGUCAUUAGGUUGGAGGACACCAACUAACAUAGACAGCAGACUCAGGACUGAGAGGCUCCCCAGCUCCCUCUGUCCCUUCUUUUGUAGUUGGUUGACAAAGAAGGGGGCCAAGGCUGAUUCUGGGGUUUGCAUCUUGCUUCCUGGCCCCCAUGAAACCCGAGAGGAGUGUUCCCUUCCUCUCCCUUUGCCCCAACUACAGACGUUUACCUGGUGCUCCUUCUGGCUGUGGGUUCUCAGCCCAAGAACAGAAAACAGAACAAGAGCCUGGCCACAGAGGAGCUUUCUCCCUCCUGGGGGUGCGCGUGCGGUCCGUGCGCAAGGGGGGGUCUGGAGACCGGCGCUUUCCCUUGGCGGACUUUCAGUCGUUUUGUUUGCAUGUGUAAACUCCUGGUCUGAAAAGAAAGAUCUGUGGAUUUUGUAACAACAGCCAUCCAGCCAGGGGCCAGGAGAGGACGCAGGUGACCCUGGGCAGCUGGCCUGGGCCCCACCCGCUCAGAAACAAUGGGAACCUGAGGAAGGGGCUGGGGAGGGGGCAUGGUACGCUUGGUGAGAAGCAAAGUCUUGGGGGUAGUGGCUGUGGGUGCGCGUGUGCUUUUUUCUUUUUUUUUUCCUUUUUGGAAUGGGGGAGGCUAUUUAUUGUACAGAGAGUGGUGUCUGAAUGUAUUUCAUUUGUCUCCAUCACUUUCUGAAAAUAAACAUGAAACUGUCAA